AUGUCGCGUUCCUCCUCGUCCUCACCAUCAAUGACAGCACCGACCACCAUGGAAGAAGGCUCGACAGGCGCUAUGACAUCGUCCGCUAUCGUCCAGGUCACCCUCAUGUCCAUCAUCCUCGCUAUCGCUCUCGUCGGCAACAUCUGCCUCAUCCUCAUCAUCAUAACCGACGUGCGCCUCCGGACAGUCCACAACAAGAUGGUCAUCAACCUGGCCGCCUGUGGUCUCUUCACCGUGGUCGCUAACGGACCCUUUAUCAUCUCGACCCUCGCCAAAGAGGAAUGGAUUUAUGGCGAUGUUUGGUGCCAGUUUAACGGGUUCACGACGUCGGUUUACGGCUUGGCCGUGGUCCUGACUUUGGCAAUGAUCUCCAUUAAUCGCUAUCAGCGAUCUUUGCUGGAGAUGGUUGGAGUUGUGCCCCUUCCCCAGUAA